UAUAGCAUAAUUAGAAAUGCAAAGAACUUUAUUAGCAUCAUUAUCCAGAUCCACCAGAUCUUACAGGGCUGUUGCCCCUAUGGCCAGAACCGUUAGACCAAACGUUUUGUCCAUGGCCACCCCAAGAUUUGUUCGUUUUGCCUCCACUGAAGCUCAAAAGGAAGCUGAAGGAAAGCAAGAAGAACCAGUCAAGACUGAAGAAUCCGCUGAAGCUGAAGAAGCUGAAGUUCUGCCAACUGCCGAGUUGGAAGCUAAGUUGAGUCAAAAGGAUAAGGAUUUGGCUGACAUGAAGAACCACUAUGCCAGAGCUAUUGCUGACUUUAGAAACUUACAAGAAUCUACCAAGAAGGAAGUUCAAAAGGCAAAGGAUUUUGCUUUACAAAAGUUUGCCAAGGACUUGUUAGAAUCUAUUGAUAACUUUGGUUUGGCUUUAAACGCCGUCAAGGAAGAAACUUUAAAGACUAAUGAAGAAGUCAAGAACUUGUAUGAUGGUGUUAACAUGACCAGAUCUGUCUUUGAAAAGACUUUGUCAAGACACGGAAUUGAAAAGGUUGACCCUAUCGGUGAAGUCUUUGACCCAAACCAACACGAAGCUACCUUUGAAAUUCCUCAACCAGACAAGGAACCAGGUACUGUUUUCCAUGUUCAACAACCAGGUUACACCUUGAACUCUAGAGUCUUGAGACCAGCCAAGGUUGGUAUCGUUAAGGAUGUUGAAAACUAAUUCCAUAGAUGGAAUCCUCACACUCAUGAUCUUGUAAAUACAUAACAUAUAGCUGGCGUAUGGUCCAACA